AAAAAUGUGUACAUAUAUAUAACUUAGCCUGGAAUGUUUCGUACUUGUUUACAAUAAGAAGCAAUCAAGCAACUACUAGAAUGUCAUUUAAUAUCAUCUCUUAUUUGACGUCCAUCUAAAUAUCUAAUAAACUAAAACUACCUCUCUUAAAUGUCAUUUAUUUAUAAUGGUAAGCUAGACUAUGACAUCUAACUUUGUGUUACAUUAGUUUGUAUUCAAUUUGACCAUACAUGAUAUAUGGCAUCAUUAAGAAACGAGGGAUUUACCUAAAUGGGAGCAAUUAAGUUCUUAAUUGCCAAAAUAGGAUUAAAAUUUAAAUAUUCCCCAAAUAGGAGUUAUUAUCGGUUGUUGGACAAAAAUAUCCCUGAACCUUGGCAAAAACAUACUGCAACAUCCACGAGUUGACCAACAUACAUGCGGACCUGCAGACCGGCAGACCUGUGGCCGCUGGCAUCCACCAAUCGCCACUCUAGCAUCAAAACUAACCACCACAUGCAGAUUUCGCCGCCGUAGCUGCAGAUUUGGCCACUUCCGCCUUAGAUUUGGCCGCCGACUGCAGCCCAUGUAGAUGCGGCCGCCACCAUUGCAGAUCUGGUUGCCGCCGUCGCUGAUCCGGCCACCACUUCUGCAGAUUUGGCUGUCGGCGCCGCUGAUGCCAACUUUUUUAACAUAAUGUCAACUUGAAUCGAGAUUGCCAUCUUAAUGGCAAUUUUUUUCCGCAAAUGCCAUAUGAAAUUUUUGAAGAAUAAAAAUGCCAUUUUGAUGGCAUUUGCAGAAAAAAAUUGGUUGUUGUGCGACGAAACAGAAGCGGGAAGAGACAGGCACAACCAUAGAAGAGGAAAGAGGAGGAGGGAGAAGAAUGAUCUACUUUACUCUACCUACAGAUCUGGAUCACAAUUGAUACCCACUCCCUCGAUGCUCGCCGAUGUUCGUCGAUGCACACCGCUAGAUGAUGCUAACCGUCACCGCAACCGAAGAGCUUGUUGUUGCAAGUUUCCAAUCGAAGAUAAGCUAUAGUGGGGAGAAGAAUUUAAGAUUUAGAAAAACAAAUCCUAAUCUACUAAGGGAAGAUUGGAUGAUGCGUGGAGAAGGGGAGAGAAGUUGAAUGUAUGAUGUGACCUGUGGGGAGACGGAAAUAGUCUGGGCAGAGGAGAAGGAUGCACGUGGGAGGAUGAAGUUGGAAU